UCAAUAGAGCACGCAAAUGGCUCAAGCAGACAAGUCACCGGCGAGACCUACUGCCGGAGAAAGACUCCCCGUUUUUGACAUGGAGCUCCAGAAAUGGCCCAGGAGAACCAAACCGGCCGUCUCUCCCACACUGGCAGAGCUGCUGGUGCGCGUUGAAGACGCGCACAGAGACACCUCCGGUGAAAAUUCUCCCGCCGGCGGUGAUCUUAGUCAUCGGAUUGUUGAAAUCAACUAUGCUUGUAGCUCUGUUCCGACGUCGUGCCCAUUUGUUCUUUCUUUUGAUAACCUGUAUUAUAGUGUUAAAGUCGGCAGGAAGUUUCGGUUUCCCUGCGGUGGGAAAGAUGAUGAUGGGAACAGUGAUGUGAAUACCAAAGUUUUGUUGAAUGAUAUAUCGGGUGAGGCCAGAGAAGGUGAAAUCAUGGCGGUGUUGGGACAGAGUGGGUCGGGGAAAUCAACGUUGAUUGAUGCUCUGGCGGACCGGAUUGCAAAGGAGAGCUUGAAAGGGACUGUGACCCUGAACAGCGAGGUUCUGGAAUCGAGGCUUUUGAAGGUGAUCUCGGCGUAUGUAAUGCAGGAUGAUCUUCUGUUUCCGAUGCUGACAGUGGAGGAGACGCUGAUGUUUUCGGCGGAGUUCAGGCUUCCCCGUUCGCUGUCCAAGAGCAAGAAGAAAGCCAGAGUUCAAGCUCUUAUUGAUCAACUGGGAUUACGGAGUGCGGCAAAGACUGUCAUCGGAGAUGAAGGCCACAGAGGCGUCUCAGGUGGAGAGCGUCGGAGAGUUUCGAUCGGAAUUGAUAUAAUUCACGACCCAAUUGUCCUGUUUCUUGAUGAACCCACCUCCGGACUGGACUCGACGAGCGCGUUCAUGGUGGUUAAGGUGUUGCAGAGGAUUGCGCAGAGUGGGAGCAUUGUGAUCAUGUCGAUUCACCAACCCAGUUACAGAAUCCUGGGCUUACUUGACCGUCUGAUUUUCCUUUCUCACGGACAGACGGUGUACAGCGGCUCUCCGACGAACCUCCCCCUUUUCUUCGCCGAGUUUGGUCAUCCCAUUCCGGAGAAUGAGAAUCGGACUGAGUUCGCACUGGAUUUGAUUCGUGAGCUGGAAGAAACUUCCGACGGGACAAAAAGCUUGGUGGAAUUCAACAGGUCAUGGCAGAACAGAAUUGAUCCCAGAAAGAAUUUCGCCGAAUGCCGGAAUCUUUCACUCAAAGCGGCCAUCAGUGCAAGCGUUUCCCGGGGGAAAUUAGUCUCCGGAGCCACCACUGAUUCGAAUUUGACUUCUUCAGUGCCCACAUUUGCGAAUCCGUUCUGGAAUGAAAUGAUUGUCAUUGCUAAAAGAUCGAUGACGAACUCAAGAAGAAUGCCUGAACUGUUCGGAAUCCGAUUAGGCGCCGUUGUGGUCACCGGAUUCAUCCUGGCAACGAUAUUCUGGCACCUGGACAAUUCCCCCAAAGGGGUUCAAGAACGAAUUGGGUUCUUCGCCUUCGCCAUGUCCACCACCUUCUACACCUGCGCCGAAGCCAUCCCUGUUUUCCUCCAAGAACGCUACAUCUUCAUGCGAGAAACUGCUUACAAUGCCUACCGCCGAUCAUCCUACGUCCUCGCCCACUCCAUUAUUUCCAUCCCUUCCUUAAUCGUCCUCUCCAUCUCCUUCGCCGCCAUAACUUUCUGGACGGUAGGACUCGCCGGCGGCCUCCAUGGGUUCCUCUUCUUCUUCUUCACCAUCCUCGCCGCCUUCUGGGCCGGAAGCUCCUUCGUCACAUUCCUCUCCGGCGUCGUCUCCCACGUCAUGCUCGGAUUCACCGUAGUAGUCGCCAUCCUCGCCUACUUCCUCCUCUUCAGCGGCUUCUUCAUCUCCCGCGACCGAAUCCCCUUAUACUGGAUAUGGUUCCACUACAUCUCCCUAGUGAAGUACCCAUACGAAGCCGUUCUACAGAACGAAUUUGACAACCCAACAAAAUGCUUCGUCAAAGGAGUCCAGAUGUUCGACAACACGCCGCUCGGAACAGUACCGACGGCAGUGAAGCUGAAGCUGUUGCAGAGCAUGGGUAGUACCUUGGGGAUGAACCUCACGGGGUCCACCUGCGUGACUACCGGAGUAGACAUACUUGCGCAGCAGGGAAUUACGGAUUUAAGCAAAUGGAAUUGCCUGUGGAUAACUCUGGCCUGGGGAUUUUUCUUCAGGAUUCUGUUUUACUUUACUUUGUUGAUUGGAAGCAAGAACAAGAGAAGGUAAAAUGAAAAUAUAUAUACAAGUAAUUAGGGAUUGUUUAUCCCAGAAUUAAUGCAACAGAAUUACAGGGAAUUUUCUUGUUUGUUAAUGAAGUGUAUCCCACAUGUUCUACAAAUUUUUUAGUAUUGAACUACUCUUUCCAUUCGUUUUAUUCUAAUUUAACUUUUAUAUAUAGUUUCAAUGUUAUGUUGUUCCACGUUAAAAUUAAGUUGUAUCUAAACU